GACCUAAUCUAGACCCUCUGGCCCUCGGAAUUAAUUAAAGGCUUCCGAAUGUGCUCUGCAGAAGUUUGGCACUGGGUGCUCUUCUUCUGUGGACCUACUCUGGGGAUGCCUAUCGCCCCAUUACUCUCCUGAGUCACUUCUGGCUGAGGCGGCCGGGGACAGUGAGCCUGUGCUUUUUUUUCAUUUGCUCUCUACCUGGGUUCUACAAGCAAGAACGGUCUACCAGUCAGAGCUGGGCAGGUAGGAGCCAAGAGGGUGGCAACCAUGACUUCAGCAGUUCUGGACGACAUCCGAGAUGAAGUCACCUGCCCUAUCUGCUUGGAGCUCCUGACAGAACCCCUGAGCAUAGACUGUGGUCACAGCUUCUGCCAGUCCUGCAUCACAGGGUACAGUGACAAGUCAGGGCUCAACCAAGAAGGGAAGAGCAACUGUCCUGUGUGCCAGACCACCUACCAGCCUGGGAACCUCCGGCCUAAUCGACACCUGGCCACCAUAGUGAAGAGGCUCAAAGAGGUCGUGUUGGGCCCGGGAAAGCAGCCAGAGGUCAUUCUUUGUGCUCUUCACGGAGAGAAACUCCAGCUUUUUUGCAAGGAGGAUGGGAAGUUGAUUUGCUGGCUCUGUGAGCGAUCUCAGGAGCACCGUGGUCACCACACAUUCCUCAUGGAGGAGGUGGCCCAGGAGUACCAGGAGCUGUUCCAGGAGUCUCUGAAGAAGCUGAAGAAGGAGCAGCAGGAAGCUGAGAGGCUAAAAGCUCUUAUCAAAGAGAAGAGGGAAUCCUGGAAGAGUCAGGUGGAGCCUGAGAGACACCGGAUCCAGACCGAAUUUAAGCAGCUGCGGAGCAUCCUGGACCGAGAGGAGCAGAGGGAGCUGAAGAAACUGGAAGUAGAAGAGAGGAAGGGGCUGAGCAUCAUAGAGAAGGCCGAGGGGGACUUGAUCCACCAGAGCCAGUCACUAAAGGAUCUCAUCUCCGACCUGGAGCACCGCUGCCAGGGGUCCACAGUGGAGCUGCUGCAGGAUGUGAGUGAUGUCACAAAAAGGAGUGAGUUCUGGACCCUGAGGAAGCCCCAAACUCUCCCCACCAAGCUCAGAAGUUUGUUUCGAGCCCCGGACCUGGAAAAGAUGCUGCGAGUCUUUCGAGAGUUGACAGAUGUCCAGAGCUACUGGGUGGACGUGACCCUGAAUCCACAGACGGCCAAUUUAAAUCUUGUUCUGUCUAAGAACCGGAGGCAGAUGAGGUUUGUAGGUGUCCAGCUGUCCGAGUCCUCCUGUCUGGAAGAGCAUUACAACUGCAGUGUCCUGGGCUCUCAGCAAUUCUCCUCAGGAAAAUACUACUGGGAAGUGGACGUGACCAAGAAGACGGCUUGGAUCCUGGGUGUUUGCAGUAACCCCCUGGAACCCAUGUUCUCCUUCAGCCAGUAUCCCAGCAAGCAGAGCGCCUCCUCCAGGUAUCAGCCCCGGAGCGGGUACUGGGUGAUCGGGCUGCAGCACAAGCACGAGUACAGAGCCUAUGAGGACUCCGCCACCUCCCUGCUGCUGUCCAUGGCGGUGCCGCCUCGCCGCGUCGGCGUUUUCCUAGACUACGAGGCUGGCACCGUGUCCUUCUAUAACGUCACAAACCACGGCUUGCCCAUCUACACCUUCUCUAAGUAUUACUUCCCCACUGCCCUCUGCCCCUAUUUCAAUCCCUGCAGCUGUGUGGUCCCAAUGACCUUGCGUCGCCCAAGCUCUUGAGGGGCCUGGUGCGCCUGCCCACACCUGAGCAGACUCCUUGGGACACACGAGUUUUCUCUCGGAGCCUCUGCUCUCUGUUCUUGGAGGGUAGCCUCCCACUGCUCCUGUGAAUACUCUUGACAGAUCCUGAAUUAAAGGUGUGCGCCACCAAGGCCCGCCUAGCGAGUGUUGUCUUUUGUUAGUUUUGAAGCAGGCUAUAUAUAGCCCGGGCUGUCCUGGAACUCUGUGUAAUUGAGAAUGACCCUGAGCUGAUUGUCCUGUGUCUACCUCCCAAGUCCUGAUACCUACAUAUGGUUUUGCUCUGGUGUUCUUCGAGACAUGAUAUCCAUAAAUAGCCCGGACUAGCCACAGACACUUAGUCCUUCUGCUUCAGCUCCUAAACACAGAUUAAAAGUCUAUCUCACAACACCUGACCAAGCAUAGUAUUUGAUGACUUUCUUUUAAACUGAUGUCUGUGGUCAAAUGUAAAACAUUCUGUAUAAAUUAGAUAGGAGUUUAUAUACUAAACAAUUUAUAAACAAAAUUGUCUCUAAUUUUGCAUUCUUGUAGUAUCUGUCAAGUUAUACAAAAUGUAGUAACGGACAAGGCAAUUAUAAAUGUAUAUAUAGGAUUUGAGUGCUUAAACCAAACUCUCCAUUCGUAAAUAACAACAAAAAAGAACCCCAAAUUAGCCAUUGAUUAAAAAAAAUAAUAAAUCCUUUGACCACUUUAGUCUUGAUGGCGUCAAGAAGAGAUUGUAGCUUUUGUUUUCACAAUAAAUAGCCUUCAUCUUAAGAUUUGAAGAGUCAUGAUCAAAAUCAGAAAAUGUGCUGGGAAGGGAGAAGAUAACGGUCUCCCAGUGCCAGUUACGAUAUCAGAGGAGGCAGAAAUGGAGGUAGCCACGUCACAGUGGUGUGUUCUGGCCUCCUGCAGUUCUUCUCAGUCAACAGCUUUUUCUCUGAGCCAUCAGUUCACAAAAAAAUGACACGGAGACUUUUUAUGAAAGCUCGGCCUUAGCUUAAGCUUAUUCCUAACUAGUUCUUAUCACUUAAUCACUUUUUUACGCGGCUCGGUUACCUUUACUCUGUACUUCCCAUCCUGCUUCCUCUCCAUCUGGCGGCUGCUCUGCCUUCUUCCUCACGAGCCCUCUCUGUCCCCAGCAGACCUGCCUAGCUAUUGGCCAGUCAGCUCUUUAUUAAAUCAGCCAUGGUGACAUAUGUACACACAGCGUAAAGGCCUGUUCCGCAGCACCUCCCUUUCUGUUGUAGAGCUCAGGAUUGAACUCAGGGCUUCUUAUGUCAGGCUGGCAUCCUAGCUUGACAACCCCGGAUUUUUGUUUGUUUUUUGUUAAUUGUUUCUUUUGACACAGGGUCUUACCAGGUUGCCCAGGCUAGCCUCGAACUUGCAAUUAAGUCCAGGCUGACCUUAAGCUUGCCUCGGCAUCCCAAGCUACUAUGUUUACAGGCUUAUAUAUACUACCUCUUCCUCUCACCUCACAGUGCUUACUUACGCUCAGGUUCAAGUUCCAAUUAAAAAAGUUAUAGAUGUAAGGGGAGAAAUCCCUGUUGGGGACAGCUAACUGCAGCCAAGGGCCAGGAGUGAGUUUGGAGUACUCUCAAAUGUACUGUAAGUGGAUUUCCAUAAAAGCAAUAUAAAAUAAUUGCACUAACAACUGUAUUACAAUGAUGAUAUUUUGGAUAUAUUGUUUUAAAUAAAGCUCACUACUUCAACUGUU